AUGGUUACUUCUCCAACGAGUCUCUCUCAAGCCUUGGACUUCCAGCCGUCCAGUGGCCCCUCAAUUACAGUUCAGCUUCCCUCAGAAAUUGGGAUUGGAAAUGUCACAAUUGGAGGCUACAUCGCCUGUUUAAUGGCCAAAUAUGCCUUGCACUAUGCUCGCCACCAUCCCAAACUGCAGGAUCAGAUUGAUCUUCGCUCCGCGGUCGUGCAAUUCUAUUGUCCGGUAUUCCCCACCAAGCCGAUGACAAUGACUCUCCGAGAGGUGAGUAUCGGCAAGGGAUGGUCCACUCUCCGCGUGGAGUCAUUCCAGGGCAAUAAACUCACGACUUCGGGAGAUCUGGUAAUCACCAACUUCUCAACCCAAGGCGUAACACUCCAAACAGGCUGGCGGCCCUCGCCUGCGCCCAACCCCAUCGACCUCACGAAACUCGAAACAGACAGUCACCCGGACUGGAUCUCCUAUCACUGCGCCUUCUACCCGGAUGGGUUCCGACGAGGCCAUUCCUACGCCAAGGCGUUCAUUCCGAGGACCCCGCGCAGCGAAAACAGCUUCGUCGAGCAGUGA